AUGGAUUCGCUCUACACCGCCCUAUCCCUCGGCUUGAUCCGCAACAAGCGCAUAGUCAUCUCCACAGACUCUCCUCGCCAGACCAUCCACCAUUUCCAGCAUCUGAUUGUCCACAACCUCUGUCAUUAUGAACCCAACCAGUUUGCCAGUAUCGACGUCCUGGACGUUUUGACCCACAAGAACAUCAAUGAGCUCGUACUCAGCAUGAGCUCCUACUCUAAGUCUGUCUAUACCUUCAAGAACAUCGUGAUGUGGAGAAAUGUGUCCCUUUUGAGCCAUGACCAUCAGAAGCAGCUAUAUGAACUCCUCACCCAAAUCGACCAGUAUGACACCAAUGCAUCCAAAUGGUACCCCACGGAUACCGUGGACUUCCGGGAUAUAACUGUGCGAAAGCCUGAGCUUUUCUCGAUCGUUUUGGUGGUGGAGCCCCAGUAUUAUCAAAACAAAAUGUAUCAGUACUUGAAAGAGAAGUUUUGGUUUUCCGUCAACUACCCCUUCGUUUCCGAGCAAGUGUGCUUGCUGGAGCUCUCAAAGAUCAGGCCGAUUCCCGAAUACCAGGACCAUAUCUUGAGCUUGCGGGCCAGCUGGCAAAAGGUGUAUGUGAGUCCAGAUAUAAAGAAGUACAUCUAUUCGUUGAUCGUCCACAUGCGAAACCAUAGGUUGUCGUCGCUAGCUCCCAAGCAGACCAGACUACCCACACGUUCCAUCGAUGAUGUGGCAGACCUCACAAGGGCGUUGGUCCUAUGGCAAAACGACUCAGAGCACCUUUACGCUACCCCGGAUUUCGUCAAGGUGGCGAUCCGCAAAAUAGGCUACUGGCUAGUCGAUUGGGAAUACAACGAGCUCUUUGCAAACAGCAUCGAUUCCGAACAUGAUGGGCGGCGGAGAAGACUCGAAAUCGAUAUACUAAGUGGAGACUGGUACGGAAGUGACUACGACUACGUGAACAAAUAUAUCGAGGAGAGCCGGUCUAAGGUAGAAAAAAAGAACCCCUUGGGCCACAGCAACCGGAUUGUAGAUGAGGCCAUACGCAAGGUGAAUCCGCCCCUAUAA